UAGAAUAAAAAAAAGAUAAAUCAAAAUGGCAUUACUAUUUUGCCACCUAACCCCUCACUCUCUUCUUCACUUCUCUUCCAAAAUCCCACCUUUCAAAACUACAAAUGCUCGCUUUUCUUUCUCUGUAAUGGCUUCCUCUGCUAAAAAGGUGUUGCUGCCUAUCGCCAAUGGAACGGAGCCGAUGGAAGCGGUGGUAACCAUUGAUGUGAUAAGGAGAUCAGGCGCCGACGUCACUGUCACCUCCGUCGAGAACAAUCAGCUCAAAGUUGACGCCUGCCAUGGCGUUAAGAUCGUCGCCGAUGCUCUCAUUUCGGAUUUCUCCGUAGACGACGCCGUUUUCGACCUCAUUGCUCUCCCUGGAGGGAUGCCAGGUGCUUCAAAUUUUAAAAACUGUGGAGCUUUGGAAAGUAUGGUAAAGAAGCAGGCUGCAGAUGGGCGGUUUUAUGCUGCAGUUUGUGCUUCUCCUGCCGUGGCGUUUGCCUCAUGGGGUGUGCUAAAGGGAUUGAAAGCUACUUGUUAUCCAGCGUUUAUGGAGCAACUUCAGUCUUCUGCUAUGGCUGUUGAAUCCAGAGUACAGCAAGAUGGCAUAGUUGUGACAAGUCGUGGACCUGGUACUACGAUGGAGUUUGCCGUUGCACUGGUUGAGCAAUUGUAUGGGAAAGAAAAAGCUAAUGAAGUUUCUGGGCCAUUGGUGAUGCGUGCAAACCAUGGGGACGAAUAUACCAUAAAGGAGAUAAACCCAGUGGAGUGGACAUUUAACAAUGCUCCUCGGAUUCUUGUGCCGAUAGCAAAUGGUACAGAAGAAAUGGAAGCUGUAAUGAUCAUUGACAUACUACGACGAGCUAAAGCUAAUGUUAUAGUGGCCUCUGUUGAGGACAACUUAGAAAUUCUGGCUUCUCGUAAAGUUAAACUGGAGGCAGAUGUGCUUCUUGACGAGGCUGCAAAACUUUCAUAUGAUCUAAUUGUCUUACCUGGUGGGUUGGGUGGCGCUGAGGCAUUUGCAAAGUCAGAAAAGCUGGUUAACAUGCUAAAGAAGCAGAGAGAGUCAAAUCGGCCAUAUGGAGCAAUAUGUGCAUCUCCAGCUUUAGUGUUGGAACCUCAUGGUUUACUCAAGGGUAAAAAAGCCACAGCAUUUCCAGCGAUGUGCGACAAGCUGUCUGACAAGAGUGAAAUUGAGAACAGAGUUAUAGUUGACGGCAACCUCAUCACUAGCAGAGGCCCCGGAACAUCAAUGGAGUUUGCCCUAGCCAUAGUCGAGAAAUUUUUUGGACGCCAAAAAGCGCUAGAGCUUGCAAAGAUUAUGCUUUUUACACACCCUUAAAAAUUUUGUACGUCUGUCGCAGGUCUAUGCUGUUUUUCUGCUAAACCUAUUUUGAGAGGGACACUGGAUUCGAAUGUUUGAUGUGAAUUCAGAUCAUGUAUACUAGUUUGUGUAUAAAUAAUGCGUCGUUUUAAAGGAAUGUGAUUACGAUACUCAAGUUUCUGAUA